UUAAUCUCCUUGCAGAUUCAGUAUUCACCUUUCUUGCUUGGGUUCGGGUUCAAUUGUAGGGUUCGUUCUAAUUUCAGAGACCAAAAAUGCUUCAACACCAAAUUGUACAGUCUCCGGCGAGACUCGGACUCACAAACCCCACCUCACCUUCUCUUCAAAACAAUCCCCCUCCCAAAUUCCCAUCUUCAUCCUCUCAACUACCACCUCCCCACCACCAUCAGCAGCAGCAACAUCCUCCAAAUCCCUCCGCCGCCACAUCCUCCGCUCUCCUCCCCCUUCUUCCUCCUCUCCGCAGAGCCCAGUCUCUUCUGCUCCAGAUGGCCUCCUUAUCUUCCAAAUUGUUCGAAGUCUCCCCCAAUCGAUCCCUUUGGCACUCCACCGUUCGCGGAUCGCUACCUACAUUCCUCUCCUCAUUGACCCAAUCAAUGCCUCCACCUCCCCUCGAAUCCAAUCCUUCCUCCACUAAAGAAAUUCUCUCUCUUUUCACUUCCCUCCAGACCCAACUCUUCGAAGCUGUGGCUGAGCUUCAGGAAAUCCUCGACCUUCAAGAUGCCAAGCAAAGAAUCGCCCGGGAUAUCAAAUCCAAAGACACUGCGCUUCUCAACUUCGCCAAUAAGCUCAAAGAAGCCGAAGGAGUCCUCGAUGUCCUCGUUGAUGAUUACUCUGAUUAUCGCCGUCCCAAACGAGCAAAAUCAAAAUCAUCAGAGGAUGAUGAUGUGAGCAACACCACUGUUGCCUCUCAGCUCGAUUUGUCGGAUAUUUUAUCUUUUUCUCAUCGGAUAAGUUACACUACUUUUGCGCCGCCGGAUUUUGGUGCUGGGCAGGCUCCGCUUCGCGGGGCCCUUCCUCCUGCUCCGCAAGAAGAGCAAAUGCGAGCUUCUCAGUUGUACGCAUUUGCUGACCUUGAUGUGGGAUUGCCUAAAAAGGUUGAGACUAAGGAGAAAACCAUUGAGGCUAUCAUUGAGCCUCCCCCACCUCCACAGCCAGCCGAGACAAAUCCGCCUGCCAAUUUGGCUACCUUUCAGGGCUUGCUUCCUCCCAAUUUCACAAUUCCGCCUGGGUGGAAACCUGGGAUGCCAGUGGUUUUGCCUACAGAUUUACCCCCUCCACCACCAGGAUGGAAGCCUGGGGACCCAUUGCCUCCAUUGGAGUCUCUUCCUAUUCCUAGGAUGGUGGAGCAACAAUUGCAGCCAGUUGCUCCUCAGGGAUUGCAUAAGCCACCUGAAACAAUACAGGUUCGGCAUGUACAGAUUGAUAUUGUUGAUCAGGAUGACGAUAGUAGUGAUUACAGCAGCGAUGACGGAAGUUCAGAUGAUGAAGAUUGAGACGAUGAUAGUAUUUAUUAAUUUAUAGUAUGAAAUGCUCGGGAAAAGUGUGUUCCCUUCUUGCAAAAGAUAAAUUUUGCAGUUUCAUUUGAUGUCCAAUUGCGCUUUGAUGUAAGUGAGAAGAAAUAUUUAUUAUCCUGUUUCCUACCUACAGUGCGAAUGAUGUUUUACCAUUUAUUUUA